AUGUUUGCCGCAUCUCUUUCCAUCCUUGCAGCACUCUCUGGGGUUACGCAUGCCAGCCUGAUCAAUCACGGCGCGGCUGUGACAGUCAAUGGGGUGCAGUACUUUGUGCAUCCCGAGCCCGUGCGGUUCCCCCUGGUGCCUUCUUGUCUGCAUAAUCACAGACUUGGCGAACUUGUCCCGGUCACCAUCUUCGAGGCCAAAGACAGCCGAUUUGAUGAGUCUACUCUUAACAAGACCGUUAAGGCUUGGCUUGCCAAGGAUGACGUUUUCAACGAGGGUUUUCUGCAAGGUUCUCUGCAUAUCCCGUAUCGACUUUAUUCUGAUACUCAAGGCGCCUUCGCCCAAGGCGUCAUACCCGUCCCGGGCGGAUCUUUCGGGGCACUCCCAGCUGCAAUCCCUGGCUCCUCGUCCAUUACAAUCGGCGUUCCUUCGAGAAUCUACUACACUCCAAGUGACAAAUACCCGCUUGCUGGUGUGCGUCUCGGUGUAAAGGAUAUCUACGACGUCCACGGCCUCAAGACUGGAGCUGGAAGCCGUGCCUACUAUGACCUCUACCCCGAAGCCAACGGCACUGCACCUACAGUGCAGCAUCUGCUCGAUGCCGGAGCUGUCCUGGUCGGCAAGAUGAAAACAACUCAAUUCGCUGCACCCGAAAAUGCCAGAGACGCCAUUGACUACCAAACUCCGUUCAACCCUAGAGGCGAUGGCUAUCAAGAAGCUGGAUCAUCCUCGUCCGGACCCGGGGCUGGGGUCGCUUCCUACAAUUGGUUAGAUCUGGCUUUGGGGUCUGAUACGGGAGGGUCCAUUCGGGUACCAGCCGAGGAUAACGGAGUCUUCGGGAACCGCCCGACGCAUGGUCUUGCGUCGUUAUCACGGGUUGUUCCACUGGGACCAGAGUUUGAUACGGCUGGUUUUCUGGCUCGCGAUACUAAGAUUUGGUCGAAAGCUUGCAAGGUUAUCUACUCGAAUCUUACGACAAACUAUACACGCUAUCCGAAACGAGUCCUUACAUACGACCUCCCAUCGGCCAAGGACGCCAGCCUUUCCGAGUCGGACCGUGUAAUCACUCAAUUCGUUGAUAAGCUAGUCAAGUUUCUUUCGGCCAACCUCGCAACCUUUAAUUACACCGAGGAAUGGUCUCGCAGCCAUCCGAAAGGCACACCCAGCGACUUGCAGGAGUUUGCUGGGUUGACAUGGGCGGUUAUCUCAGCCAAGCAGCAGACCCGACUUGUUCGCGCUCCAUUCUUCAAGGAUUAUGCAGCCGCACACGACGGACGCGUGCCCUUUGUCAAUCCCUCCACCAAUGGUAGUUGGAGCUGGUCUGACACUCUUUCUAAUACACUGGACGAAGCAGUUGUAAACCAGACCACUUUCAAGAAUUGGUGGAAUAUGGUCAUGCUCCCCAAGAAUGCAGAAACGUGCUCAGAAAGCCUAAUGCUCUAUACCUUUAAAGAAGCCACCCCAGCAUACAGAAGUGAUCCAGGUAGCUUUUUAGGUUCUGAUGGUUUGGUAGGUGUUCUGCUCGGGCUGAACACCGGCUUCAUCUCGCCGAUGGCUGGGAAUCCGGACUUUGCAGUUCCCAUUGGCCAAGUCAAGUAUAAUAGCAGCAUCACCAAACACAUAGAAUAUCUACCGGUCUCUAUCAGAAUUAUGGCAGCAGAGGGAUGCGAUGGUAUGUUGCUGGAUCUGAUUAAUGAUCUCGUCAAGGCUGGGAUAUUGCCGGAAGUCCAGCCUGGAAAUAGCAUUAAGAAAGAUUGA